CUGAGGCGAGCGGAGCCCGGGCGGGAGCGGGCGGUGUCGAGCGGGGCGAGGAGCGGUGGCUGGUGCCGGUGCCCACCGGCUGGGGCGGCGAGAGCCGGGCUUACUCGCCGGGGAGGGCGUAGAAAGCGGUAGUGUGAGCUCGCGUGUGCGAGGAGCCAGUGCCGCGCCGCAGCCAUGGGGAACCGCGGGAUGGAGGACCUCAUCCCGCUGGUCAACCGGCUGCAGGACGCCUUCGCCGCCAUCGGGCAGAACGCCAACCUCGACCUGCCGCAGAUUGCUGUGGUGGGGGGGCAAAGCGCCGGCAAGAGCUCCGUGCUGGAGAAUUUCGUCGGGAGGGACUUUCUGCCACGUGGAUCUGGCAUCGUAACCAGACGCCCGCUGGUCCUGCAGCUGGUAAACGCCAGCACAGAAUAUGGUGAGUUCCUACACUGCAAAGGAAAGAAAUUCACUGAUUUUGAGGAGGUCCGUUUGGAAAUUGAGGCUGAAACGGAUCGUGUUACUGGCUCCAACAAAGGGAUUUCCCCUGUGCCCAUCAAUCUUCGAGUCUACUCUCCCCAUGUCCUGAACUUGACCUUGGUGGAUCUACCGGGUAUGACAAAAGUUCCAGUAGGGGACCAGCCCCCUGACAUUGAGUUUCAGAUCAGAGAUAUGCUCAUGCAAUUUGUCACCAAAGAGAACUGCCUCAUCCUGGCAGUAUCCCCAGCGAACUCUGAUUUGGCCAACUCUGAUGCCCUGAAGAUUGCAAAGGAGGUGGAUCCUCAAGGGCAACGUACUAUUGGAGUCAUUACUAAGCUGGAUCUUAUGGAUGAAGGAACUGAUGCACGAGAUGUAUUAGAAAAUAAACUACUUCCUCUUCGUAGAGGUUACAUUGGUGUAGUCAACAGAAGUCAGAAGGACAUUGAUGGCAAGAAGGACAUUCAGGCUGCUCUGGCUGCAGAGAGAAAAUUUUUCCUCUCCCACCCAGCCUACAGACACAUGGCCGAUCGCAUGGGAACCCCCUACCUGCAGAAAGUAUUGAACCAGCAAUUGACCAACCACAUCCGUGACACCCUGCCAGGGCUGCGGAACAAGCUCCAAAGCCAGCUUCUCUCCAUUGAGAAGGAGGUGGAGGAGUACAAGAGCUUUCGCCCUGAUGACCCUGCUCGUAAGACCAAAGCUCUGCUUCAGAUGGUCCAGCAGUUUGCUGUGGACUUUGAGAAACGCAUUGAAGGCUCUGGAGACCAAAUUGAUACCUAUGAGCUGUCAGGAGGAGCUAGGAUUAACCGCAUCUUCCAUGAGCGUUUCCCCUUUGAACUGGUGAAGAUGGAGUUCGAUGAGAAGGAGCUGCGGCGGGAGAUUAGCUAUGCCAUCAAGAACAUCCAUGGUAUCAGAACCGGUCUCUUCACACCCGACAUGGCCUUUGAGACCAUUGUGAAAAAGCAGGUGAAGAAGAUUAAGGAACCUUGCCUGAAAUGCGUGGACAUGGUCAUUUCGGAGUUAAUCAAUACCGUUAGACAGUGCACCAAGAAGCUCAGCCAGUACCCUCAUCUGCGUGAGGAGAUGGAGAGGAUCGUUACUACUCACAUCCGUGAGAGAGAAGGCAGGACCAAAGACCAGGUCAUGCUUCUAAUAGACAUUGAGCUGGCUUACAUGAACACAAACCAUGAGGAUUUCAUUGGCUUUGCCAAUGCUCAGCAGAGGAGCAGCCAGAUGAGCAAGAAGAAGGCAGCUGGCAACCAGGAUGAGAUCCUGGUCAUCCGAAAGGGUUGGCUCACCAUCAACAACAUUGGGAUCAUGAAGGGUGGCUCCAAGGAGUAUUGGUUUGUCCUGACAGCAGAGAACCUCUCCUGGUACAAGGAUGAUGAGGAGAAGGAGAAGAAGUAUAUGUUACCGGUGGAUAACCUGAAACUGCGAGAUGUUGAGAAGGGGUUCAUGUCCAGCAAGCACAUCUUUGCUCUCUUCAACACUGAACAGAGGAAUGUUUACAAGGACUACCGGCAGCUGGAGCUGGCCUGUGAGACCCAGGAGGAGGUGGAUAGCUGGAAGGCUUCCUUCCUUCGUGCAGGAGUCUACCCAGAGCGUGUUGGGGACAAGGACAAAGCCAGUGAGGCAGAGGAGAACGGAUCAGACAGUUUCAUGCAUUCCAUGGACCCUCAGCUGGAGAGACAAGUGGAAACGAUCAGGAACCUGGUGGAUUCCUACAUGGCAAUUGUCAACAAAACCAUCAGAGACCUCAUGCCGAAGACAAUCAUGCACCUCAUGAUAAACAAUACCAAGGACUUUAUCCAUUCGGAGUUGCUGGCAAACCUGUACUCCUGUGGUGACCAAAAUACGCUGAUGGAGGAAUCAGCAGAGCAGGCCCAGCGACGUGAUGAAAUGCUGCGCAUGUACCAUGCCCUGAAAGAGGCCCUCAACAUCAUCGGGGACAUCAACACCAGCACUAUCAGCACCCCUAUGCCCCCACCGGUGGACGACUCUUGGCUGCAGGUGCAGAGCGUACCAUCUGGACGCAGGUCUCCUACGUCCAGCCCCACGCCACAGAGGAGAGCUCCCGCUGUUCCACCCGCCAGACCUGGGUCUCGAGGUCCAGCUCCUGGACCACCUCCUGCUGGUGGGUCCACGCUGGGUGGUGCCCCCCCUGUGCCCUCCAGGCCAGGUGCCUCUCCUGAUCCCUUUGGGCCCCCACCGCAGGUUCCUUCUCGGCCUAAUCGUGCUCCUCCUGGUGUUCCCAGUUGUUCAUAGACUCCUCCGGAUCCUGAUACCAGCUUGUGAUUUGAGUUCACUGAUGAAUGGAGAAUUUCCAAUGACAAGGGACUCUUUCUCUUCCUCUCCUGUAUAUAGAAUAAGAAUGUUCCCUGCUAGCACUUGGACUCGGGUCCUUCUGCCAUGGGUGAACGAAUGCCAUCUCCAUUGUUGCUUUUUUAAUAUCCAUCUUUUCCCUUGCUAACCAGGCUACACUAUUGUGUAUGUGCGUGAGGAACAAAGCUCUUGUAUAUGGCAUGAGUGGGCUUUGCCGUAGGAGUUGGUGUUAUGUAGUGAACUGGAGGUGCAUGGUGGUGGCUGGACGUACUUUGUGUGUGUAUGCACGCUGAUGCCUGUGUAGAAGUUUGGUAGUUUGUGCCUCCAGUUUGUGUGAGAAUCUGGUUUUAUGGAUGAUGAACUUAAAUAUGAGUGUUCCACUUUUUUUUAUAAACAUAAUUGUAUAGACACAUGCUUUCACGUAUGAACACCACAUGGUCCAUUUUCUAGCACGGGAAGGCUUUCCUGCAUGUCAUUACACUUAAAACAAGAUUUACCAUCUUGCUUCUGUACUUAGCAUUUAUUAAGUCUACUAUGGAAGCCUGUAUUGCCAAAUACAUACUUUUGGAAGCUGAAAGUUACGAUAUAAGGUCCUACCUGUGUGCAAUGAAGGAUUGCCUUUGGACUAUAUACCUACUGGCUAUGCAGGAGGAUUUGCUCUGGGAAAGAAAACUAUGAAGACAUUCCUCCAGGUAUUUAGUAUUUUCAAUUUAAAACAGUCUGGUAAACUGUAGAUGAAAGAGCGUAGGCAAGCUCAAAGGAGAAAUAAGAAAGUUUAAGUGAGAAUGACUUAACCAUUGGAAGAAUCUGUUGAAGGCAUUAAUGGGUUCUCCGUUCUUUGGUACAUGUAAGGAAAAAGAUGCAAGUGAUCAGCAUCACUGUAACCAUGACUUCACACAGCUUUAUGACUUUAUUCAGGAGGUCAGAGUAGCUGAUAUCAUGAUUUGUGACCUUCAAAAUAUGUCUUCACCUGCUUCUUCCCUUUUUGGGUAGCACUCAGGACUGCAAUCGUUCCUGAGCUGUUGGUUUCAACUCUAGCAUUGGUUGGAAGAUAGGAGUCCUCAGUGAGAGACAAGUCCAGCCCCCUGUGCCCAGCCAGCGGGUGCUGAGACCUAGCGAUACUGCUGGUUCGGCAGGAAUGAACGUCAGUCUGAGAGUGGACUUGCUGGGUGGGUGAGUGGGCAAUGGCUGGUAGGUGUGUGAAGAGAUGGACGGCUUUCAACACACCCCUGUGCACAACAGGGUUCUGGAUGUGUGUGAAGUUGAGGCUGUGAUUGUGUGUGCAAAGUCCUGCAUGGGUGAGUGCAACCCUACCCAGAAGUGCACACUCAUGCCGUGUUCUGGAGGGGGACGUACAAAUGUGUGUCUGUGCAAGUGCAUGUCUCUGGUCCACCUUCCUGACAGUCUGUGCGGCCUCUGCCUUGAACUGUCUGAACUGCCAUGUUGAUUU